UGAAGGAUCGUUAGCGUUGCCCAUUACAGUGUUCCCUGAACCGGAGGAAGUGUGGCCUACUUGAGACCGAAACGCUUGUCGCCCCGAAUCAGAUUGAACUCGCCGUGUGUCUCUGUUAGGUCCUUCCUUAUGAUGAGACGCCAGCAGGCGCAGUACGCCGGCGAUUCAGGCGGCGCCAAUUCGUAUGGUGGCGGAGGCGGUGGCGCUGCGGCAGCUUCAAUGCACCACCACCACCACCAUCAUCAGCAGCAGCAGCCGAGUAGUGUUGGUGCUAGUGAUUUUGAAGGACGACUCGAAGCGUUCACACCCGAGAGGGAUAGCAAUCCUAAUCCUAAUCCAUACGCUACUUCUUCCAAACCAGAGGCCCAGUGGAGAUGGGAAAGAGAUGCAUCCAAUUCCAAAGCCUCCAAUCCAUUGACACCUCACAUGUUUAGUGAAGGUCAAGUGGGUGAUACAUCUAGAUCCUAUUUCCAGGGUCAAAGGUCCGAUCCAAAACAUGCUUUAGAGACACAGAGCAACAACGAUCCCCGAUCUCAACCUCAUAUUGAAGAUAUGGACCUUGGGUACGAGGAUAAGCCUUCGUCACAGUCCUUUGAAGUUCUGGAGCAGAAAUUCCUUGAUGACAUUAGGAAACUAACCAAGGAACAGAAUGAUGCUGAGGAUGCAGAAAAUGCUAGACACAGAGAGAAAAUUGGUACAAUCAAUUCUCAGUAUGAAGAACAAUUAGCAUCACUACGGUGCCAGCAUGCUGGCCGUAGAGAUGAUUUACUUCGGAGGGAAUCAAAUGCCCGGCAGCAUCAAUACCAGCAAUCCAUGAUGGAUUGUUACCCUAAAAGCAGCAUGGACUCCUCCGAUCUUCAUGGUUACAGUGGAAUUGCGGCCUCAGCUACUGCUGGCGAUACACGCAGAGGCUACGAAACUGACCAAUAUGAUUCUUACAGAGAGCGGGCUCGAUUUCUUGGGGGCUCCCGUGAUCAUGGGUUUGAGCCUAGGGGACCAUAUCCGGGAGGGCGUGUUUAUGAUACUGGCUCACGUUAUUACUAAUUCACUUUUUAUUUAACUUCUCCCUACGGGACUUUCUUCGCCAGGCAUAAGCAUAUCAGUGAAGCAGAUUAUAAGUGCAGGAUUACUACUGUUAUUUCUACUUUUGUUAAUACUUUUGUUAUGCAGUGGUGUUUGCGUGGAAUGCUUCUCGUUUAUGAAGUAUCAUAUUUUUUAGCAUAAUGUGCUUCUAUUCAUACCUCCACAAUUGUUAUAUGGACUUAAUUUUUGUAAAA